AUGAAUAAUAAAUUAUCAAUACUAAAAGGUAGUUAUAUUCGAGUUCUUACACAGAACAGUAAUAAACUACUGAACCAUCAUCACAGCAGAAGCAGCAACUACUUUUAUUUGACCAAACGGUUCCCUACUACUACAACUACUACUACUUCUACAAACAUAAAUACUUUAUUUAAUCUAUCCCAUCAAACAACUACUACUUUGACUUCAACUUUUAAUACAACUUUAAUGAAUUACAAAACAUCGAUGUUUACAACUACAACCACAUUGAAAAGCCAUAUAAACGAAUCACCAGCAGUAUCAUUAUCGUUUAGUGAAGAGCUACAACAACAGCAGCAGCAGCAACAACAACCACACCAAACACCAUUCUAUGAAAGUAGAUCUGCAAGAAAGUUUCAACUAUCAAAACAAUUUAUAGAUGGAUAUUCUCAAAAACAAGUCCCAUUUGGGUUUGGAGUAUUGGGAGAGUUGGUUUAUCGUCGAACAUACUCAAGAAUCAAACCAGAUACUGGCACAAAUGAGCAGUGGUAUGAAACUGUAGAGAGAGUUGUCAAUGGUACUUAUAAUAUGCAAAAGCAAUGGAUAGAAAAGCAUGGAUUAGACUGGAACACCUCAAAGGCACAACAAUCCGCACAAAAAAUGUAUGAUAAAAUCUUUACAAUGAAAUUCUUACCCCCAGGUAGAGGUCUUUGGGCAAUGGGAAGUCCAUUGACAGAGGAAAGAGGUCUAUAUGCCUCACUAAACAAUUGUGCUUUUGUCUCUACCGACAAUAUCAAACAAUUUCCAUCCAAACCAUUCAUCUUUCUCAUGGACGCUUCAAUGUUGGGUGUCGGCGUUGGUUUUGAUACCAAAGGUGCAGGAACCCUCAUUGUCAAAGGCCCAAAAUUGGAUAAAACAAAUUCUUUCAAAAUUCCAGACUCUAGAGAAGGUUGGGUAGAGUCUGUUAGAUUAACAUUGGAUUCUUAUUUUUUAAAUAAACCAAAACAAGUUUUUGAUUAUUCUUUAAUUAGAGGAGAAGGAGUACCUAUCAAAGGAUUUGGAGGAUAUAGUUCAGGACCAGAGUCAUUAAAAUUACUUCAUCAUUCAAUUUGUGAAACUUUGGACAAAUCGAUUGGAAAACCAAUUACUGUUACAAAUAUUGUAGAUUUAAUGAAUUUGAUUGGAAAAUGUGUUGUUUCUGGAAAUACAAGACAAACAGCAGAGAUUGCAUUUGGAGAUCCAGAAAGUCAGGAAUAUAUUAAUUUAAAGAAUUAUAAAGUGAACCCACAUAGACAAGAGUUUGGAUGGACGAGUAAUAAUUCUGUAUUUUCCAAAUUGGGAAUGGAUUACCAAUCGAUAUGUGAGAGAAUUGUAGAUAAUGGGGAGCCUGGAUUCGCAUGGUUGGAGAAUAUGCAACAAUUCAGUCGAAUGGACAGUACUGUAGGAGAUUGGAAAGACAAGAGAGCAAUGGGAGGAAAUCCAUGCUUGGAGCAAACACUUGAAUCCUUUGAACUUUGUUGUUUGGUCGAAACAUUCCCAAAUAACCAUACCGACUUUGAAGAUUUCAAAGAGACACUGAAAUAUGCCUUUCUUUAUGCAAAGACUGUUACAUUGGGUAGAACCCAAUGGCCAGACACUAACAAGGUGCUACUGCGAAAUAGAAGAAUUGGGUGUUCAAUGAGUGGUAUUGCCCAGUUUAUUACCAACCGUGGAUUAAAUCAACUCAAACAAUGGUGCACUGACGGGUAUGAAAUGAUUCAAGAACAUGACAGAGCAUAUUCAGAGUGGCUGGCAAUUCCCAAAUCGAUAAAGACAACUUCAAUCAAACCAAGUGGAACGGUUUCAUUGUUGGCAGGUGCAACCCCAGGCAUGCACUAUCCAAUCUCUGAAUACUACAUUAGAAGAGUUCGUCUGCCACGUAGCAGUUCCCUAUUGGAUUCUUUACGUGAGGCUGGUUAUCAUAUCGAACCAGCAGUCGACAACAAGUUUAAUGUGGUGGUGGAAAUUCCAAUUCACUCUGGAGCCAAUAUUCGUAAAGCAAAGAGUUUAACAAUGUGGGAGCAAUUAUCACUCGCUUCAUUCCUCCAAAAGUAUUGGGCCGACAAUCAAGUCAGUUGCACUGUUACCUUUGACCCAAAACUUGAGGGACAUCAAUUACCUUUUGCCUUGGACUACUUCCAAUAUCAACUCAAGGGUGUUAGUUUCUUACCAUCCAUGUCUGACGAAAUGAUCUAUGAACAAAUGCCAUAUGAAGAGAUUGAUGCCCAAACUUACCUCAAGAGAGCAGCCAAUCUAAAACCAGUCGACUUUAACAAAUACCAAAGAGAAGCUAUCGAGCCCAAACCAGAUAAAUUUUGUGAUUCAUCUUCUUGUAUAAUUUCUAGUAAUACAACUUUACCUCGAUCAUUACAAGUUGAACCUGAGAAUUUAUAA